GGAGUACCGUGGAGAACAUACAGAACUCAACUAAAGUUAGCCAAAGACAAUAGUUCAUCGACUUUACACUGGUAUAUAAUCCAGACAGAGUUAAGUGAAAACUUGUUUUUUUCUUGUGCAAAAAAUUAUUUAUUGAAAACUAUGCCGCUUACUGUAGCAUGCCGUGCCGGUGACGCUGACAAGCAUGACAAAGAUGUCAACGCUCUCUUGUUUCACAAAGGAAAACUCUACAGUGCCGGAGACGACGGUAAAAUUAAGUUAUGGUCCUUGGACCUGCUGAAACAAGCCGAAGUCCAAGGUCACGUAGCGCCGGUGUACAGUCUUGCUGCAAGUGACGACACGUUGUACAGUUCAUCCAGCGACGGUUCUAUCAAGUUGUACGACUUAAACACUUUGCAAUUGAAGCAGGAGUUGACAAAGAAUGAAAACGUCGAGUACUGGAGAGUUAGAUACUUUAAUGGGCACCUGUUUGUUGGUGAUAAUGAAGGAAAUGUAAGCGUCUACAAAAACAAUGCGUUCUACGGUUUGGUCAAUGUAGCAGAACCAGUAAAAGACUUGCAAGUUGUUGAGCCUUACGUCCUGACAGUACAAGACACUGAUUUGGUUAUUACCGAAGUUAAACUAGAUGGUGAAAAACUUCAAUGGAAUCAAGAUUCUAACAUUCCUGGAAGAGCUCCCGUAACUCUAAUAGGAUCAGGAUAUAUCGCAUUGAUUGCUAGGGAUGGUAAAGAAAUUUUGUUGCAUAGUGCUGACAAACAAACGGGAUUCAAAGAGCUGACAAAGAUUGUGCAUGGAUCCAAAGACGAUAGGAUCAUCAAUGCCCUAGCUGGAGUCCAGUGGGGCAAUAAACUUGAAUUAUUCAGCGGGGGAUGGGACAAAAUUCUAAGAAAAUGGAAUGUCCAAAACCAAUCUCUCGCAGAUGGCGGUAGUGUGGACGUAGACAUUGUAAUAAACUCCAUAGCUACAGGUGACCAAGAUCAAAUCUACGCCGCUGGUGCAGAUGGACACAUUGUCAGAGUGGACGUCAGAUAGAUUGAUUGAUUGAUAUAUUUUGAUUGUUUUGUAUUAAUUUUUUUAUGUAAUAUUAAUUCGUCUAUGAAUAAUGUUUGAUUAAUGAUUGUAUUUGUUGUAUAUUUUGGCUGUAUGAUUUUAAUAAACCUUUUUUAAUGCA